UUUUCCAAUCAGAUGGCUUUUGGAAAACAUCACAUCAUGCCCCUCUGCGUCACGAGUUGAUAACAAACAUGAAAUCAUGAAAUUAAGGUCAUCAUCGAAGCAAAACGAAGGACACAAACAUUCCGAUUUACGUUCUCUUUCACAUGGGCAUUGCCCUGUUCUAUCAGUUGUUUUAAAGCGUAAUAUCGACAAAGCUGCUGUGGUAAUUUAGACGGUGACAACAUGUUUCGAUUUGGUCGUCUUCGUGCCGUGGCGGAGAAGGGAUCUGCCCGCGUAAAAUUGCACUUUGGUGCUGCCUCGCCUGUAGUAAACAAUGUUUUGCCGUCAACAUGUGUUGUGAGUACGGAUAACUUUAACCAAAAAUGGACCCAUCAUGUUCGGUUUUGUUCCCAACAAAGUCUUGCCAGGCCUCAAACAACAGCGGGGACCAACUCCCGGAAACUUGAUCGAGUUUACAAGAGGCACGACUACUUUCCCGAUCGUCAUCUGGGGCCCAGAGAAUCAGACAUUGAAGAAAUGCUUUCCUUUAUUGGAGCAGAGAGUUUGGAAGGGUUGAUCGAGCAGACAGUACCAAGCAAUAUCAGGAUCGAGAAAGAGCUGGACCUUGACCCUCCCAUGAGUGAACCAGAGACACUAAGUAGGCUACGUCAGAUAUCUGAUCAGAAUGAGUUGUGGCGGAGCUACAUCGGUCUGGGUUACUACAACUGCUGGGUACCGACCACCAUUCAGAGAAACAUUCUGGAAAAUCCUGGCUGGACAACCCAGUACACCCCAUACCAACCCGAGAUAGCCCAGGGUAGACUACAAAACCUGCUGAACUAUCAGACGAUGGUGACAGAUUUGACUGGGUUAGACAUCGCUAACUCAUCUCUCCUGGAUGAGGGGACAGCUGCUGCUGAGGCCAUGACAUUGUGUGGCAGGCACACCAAAAGAAUGAAAUUUUACGUCGACCAGAAGUGUCAUCCACAGACGUUAGCCAUUGUCAAAACAAGAGCCAGGCCGUUAGGAAUCGAGGUUGAAGUGGUAGAUCGAAAUACAGUUGAUUUCAGUAGUGAGGAUGUAGCUGGUAUCCUGUUCCAAUAUCCAGAUACAGAAGGAACCAUUGAUGAUUUUCAUGAUUUGGUUGAGUCGGCCAAGAAACAUGGAGCAUUAACAGUGUGUGCAACAGAUCUCCUAGCGUUAACACUCAUCAAGUCUCCCGGAGAACUUGGAGUGGACGUAGCGGUGGGGAACUCGCAGCGUUUCGGUGUUCCACUGGGCUAUGGAGGGCCGCACGCCGCCUUCUUUGCCAUCAGGGAUGCUUUGAAACGACAACUACCGGGAAGGCUGGUUGGAGUUACAAGAGACUCUACCAACAAACCUGCGUACCGUCUUGCGUUACAAACCAGGGAGCAACACAUACGAAGGGACAAAGCCACCAGCAAUAUAUGCACAGCACAGGCACUACUGGCCAACAUGUCUGCAAUGUUUGCUAUUUAUCACGGUCCUAAGGGACUUCAUCACAUAGCAACCCGUGUCCACAAUGCCACACACAUUCUGGCAGAAGGAUUGAAAAGAACAAGUCACACCGUUGAGACUGGGGACUUCUUCUUCGAUACACUCAAGAUUCGAUGCGCGGGAGACAAGAACGAGAUCCUACUGAGGGCAGCAGAGAAGCGUAUCAACUUCAGGCAUUAUGAUGACGGUGCUAUUGGGGUAUCUAUGGAUGAAACAGUAGAAGAAAAUGACCUGGAUGAUUUACUAGAAGUCUUCGGUUGUGACGUAACUGCGGCAGAUAUUGCUGACUCGUUCCCAGGGGAUCACCCACCGGAUACCAUUACAGAGACUAGGCAUAAACGAUCGACCCCCUACCUUGAACAUCCUGUGUUUAACACGCAUCACUCAGAGACCUCUAUAGUGCGAUAUAUGAAGAUGUUGGAGAAUAAGGAUUUGUCUCUUGCACACUCAAUGAUUCCAUUGGGAUCCUGUACAAUGAAACUCAACAGCACAACCCAGAUGAUGCCCAUCUCUUGGCCAAAGUUCAGCAGCCUUCAUCCCUUCAUUCCGGUCAGCCAAGCCCUGGGAUAUCAGGUUCUACUAGAGGAACUUGAGCAUGAUCUCUGCGAAAUCACUGGCUAUGAUAACAUCUGCUUCCAGCCUAACAGUGGUGCCCAGGGCGAGUACACAGGUCUUAUGGUCAUCAUGGCAUACCUUGCCAGCAAGGGAGAGGGACACAGAAGGGUAUGUCUGAUCCCUACCUCUGCCCAUGGUACCAAUCCAGCCAGCGCUAGCCUCGCUGGUAUGACUGUCAAACCAGUCAAGGUCCUACCAAACGGCAGCAUUGAUUUUGAUGACCUCAAGAAACAGGCGACGACGUACAAGGACGACCUUGCAGCAACCAUGAUCACCUAUCCAUCCACCAAUGGGAUCUUUGAAGAGGAUAUCAAAGACAUGUGCGCGCUGAUCCACGACUGCGGGGGCCAGGUGUACGUGGACGGUGCUAACAUGAACGCACAAGUCGGUAUCUGCAGGCCAGGGGACUACGGGGGCGACGUCUCUCACUUGAAUUUGCAUAAGACGUUUUGCAUACCACACGGAGGUGGGGGACCGGGAAUGGGCCCCAUUGGAGUGAAGAAGCAUUUGACGCCUUUCUUUCCCACUAACCCUGUCAUCCCACCAACGAGUACCACAGAGCCCAAUGCGGGACCUGUGGGCGUCAUCAGCGCAGCACCCUGGGGCUCUACCUCUAUUCUACCCAUCUCAUGGGCGUAUCUUAAGAUGAUGGGUGGCCAUGGUCUACGAGUGGCAUCAGAGGUUGCCAUCUUGAACGCCAACUACAUGAUGAAAAGGCUAGAAGGGCCCUACAAAAUCCUCUACAAAGGACACAAGGGGUUCAUCGCUCAUGAGUUUAUUUUAGACACUCGCGAGUUCAAGCAAAUGUGUGGAGUGGAAGCAACCGACAUUGCUAAGAGGUUACAAGACUUUGGGUUUCAUGCACCGACGAUGUCUUGGCCGGUAACCAACACCCUCAUGGUCGAGCCUACAGAGAGUGAAGACAAGUCAGAGCUGGACCGGUUCUGUGAUGCACUGCUCUAUAUCCGGGAAGAAAUUGCAGAAAUCAAUGACGGGAAGAUUGCCUUGGAGCAGAGCCCUCUAAAGAACGCUCCUCAUUCUCAGAGUAUCGUGAUGGCCAACCACUGGCCAUGGCCGUAUACUAGGGAGCAAGCAGCAUUUCCUAUGGAGUUUGUCAAACCAGAUUCCAAGUUCUGGCCAUCAGUCGGCCGUAUCGAUGACGUUUACGGAGAUCAGAAUCUUGUGUGUGCAUGCCCUCCGAUGGAAGCCUACGAAUAAAAUAAAGUCGGACAGUGUUUUUCUUUAUAAAAAAAACUUCAUCUGCAAACUGCUGCUAAAGGAGCUCCGGGGCUCAAUCCAGAUUUAAAGUGAAAGGAUUUUUAAGUUAAAAGAAAAGAGUAGCUUUUUAUUCUGAAUAGUCCUCCGUUUCCUUUUUGCGGGAUUAGAGUAUUUAAUUUAAAUUACUUCAUUUAAUAUUUUAGCUGCAAGUUUUAUUUCUCUCAAACUCUUCUUUUUCCCCCAUCAUUUAUCUUACUUAAACAGGUUUUUAUGGCUUGUUCGUGAUCUGUGUGUAACAUUUUUGGGGUCAAACAAAAACAGAAGUUUACACGGACGGAACUUUAACCUGCGACGGUCCGAAGCUCUACCAACUGAGUUAUCUCGCCCUUUUUGGUGGUCUCCCUUUUUGUGUUUAUGCUUACACUAUACUUACAGUAAAAGUUGGUGCACUUAACUUUUAAGUUUGUUAUUACUAUGAUUGGCAAGUUCAAAUCCAGCAGUGAUCUGAUUGGCUGAUAAGAAGUGGGGCUCGAAAUACCCACUUGAUCGUCAGCCAGAGUCCAGAAUUUUUCACAUUUUCAUAUUAUUUUCAACCUUGCACAUUGAAUUGUCACAUCAGGCCAGUAACCUGACACAAUCAGCAUUUAAGUUCUUGCCUCCAACGUAUGUUAUUAAUUGAUCAAAUUAGUACCUCAUACAUAUUCAUGAUCGAGAGCCGAAUUUACCAGCUACCUGCAGGCUGUAGGUUAAUAACAACAAUUUUGAUUAUCAAAUAUUAUUUCUAAUUCUAAGGAAUAGUUAAGAAUUUGAAACGGCAAAAAAAAAAUAUGCAUUCAAAACGAAUCCUUCAAAUCUAUUUAAAAAAUAAAUGUAUUCUAUUUAAACUAUAAAUGGUGAACAUUGUGUGAAAGGUUCAAGAAGGUGGAUCGAUAAGGGUUUUUCGAUUUGCAGUGCACCGUGGUACAUACAUGAUGAAAAUGUAAACCUGACUAUAUGUGUCUAAUUUAUCUGAAUCUCAUGGGGGGGGGGUAUUAAGAAUUAAAAUUACAAAGAACCCUUCAAAGCAUUUUUUUAAAAGUUGUAGAAGUUUAAUGACUUGGUAUCUCAUCUUACAAUAUCAACAAUAUCAACAUCAAAUGUCAUAUCAUACAAAUGUAUGCAUCAUUCUGUUGCCACGGCAGUGUGGCUAGUAUUCAUUAGCAUCCAGGAUUAUUGUUUAAGGAUGUGAUGCUCAUAACAUGGUGCAGCUGUUUUUCUGUGCAUGGUAUUAAUAAGCCAUUGGUGAGUAAGAUUGGACUAGUGUCUGGUACUCUGACUUGCUUAGUCCCAGGGCCCAAUUUCAUAACGCUGCUUAACAGUAAGAAAAUUUGUGUGCUUACUUUAGCAGACAAAUUUGCUUAAG